UGUGGUGAAUUACGGAGAUAUAAUUACUGAAGAAUAUUUCGAAAAUGAUGAGAUUGAUGAAAAUAUCAAAGAUCCUAAGAAAAGAGAAAACGCAUUACCAAACUCAACUGAAUUUAAACAAGAUAUUAUAGACCAAAAUAUAUAUAUAUAA